GCGAGUCACGCAGCUGCAUCCUCAGGCGGCAGGGCGGACGAGAGAAGGGGGAGGGCGGGGGGGGGUGGCUGGGAGGUAAUGGUGAAGGACAGCGAUUGGAAGAAGGCAACCUGCUGCUGAGCCCUGGCUUUGCCCUUCUGACGAUCGAGUGUGCGGGAAUGCGUCCGAAAGCGCCGCUCUGACUGCGGCAGGAACAUUGUUGUCGGCGGGCGACGAGGCAACCCUAUUUAUUUAUUUAUUUAUUUACCUCCCCCCCCCUCCCGCACCCAAAGAAAAGGAAAAAAAAUAAUCUUGCUAUCCCGUUUUUUUUAAUAUAUCUUUAAUUCCAAUUUACUUAGAUGUGGAAAUAUACAUUUUCGUUGCUGCUGUUAAUGUCGUGUCUAUAGCCCUGCGCGAAGGGUCUCUCUCUAAUUGCGACACUUCAACUGAGACCAAACAUGGGAUGCAAUCUCUGCGGUUCACAGAAGCAGGAUGAAAACUAUAAUUUGCUGUAUGAAGUUUGCAAGGUGAACGGGAAGGACCUGUCUCGCAUUAGCCAUGAGGAGGCGGUGGAGGCCCUGCGCUCGGCCCGAGAGCCGAUCACCAUGCAGGUGCGGCGGAAGGCCCCCCUGCGACCCCGAGCCCACGGGGGGUCACAGGCCGCGGUCGGUGGAACGCCAACUGCGACGACGGCGGCGGCGGCGGUGGCGGCGGCGGCGGUCGGGACGACGGCUCCCUCGCCGCGAGCGGACGCCGCCACGCAGACCGAGUGCCCCCCGGUCCCAGAGGGCGGCAAGCCGAGGGAGCAAGCCACGGCCGCCGUGGCAACGGAGACCGCGCCGACCGUCCCCGCGGUGACGCCGGGACCGCGAGCCGCGCAGCCGCCCGACAGCCAAAUCCUAGCGGAGGAGUGUAACGAUGGACAGGAAUACUUAACGAGCUUGCAGCAAGAGGCAGAGAGGGCGGCAGAAGUGGAAUUUGAGGAGGUGGCUUUGUACCGGAUCUUCAGGCAAGAAAAGCUGGGUCUGACUGUGUGCUACCGCACGGACGAGGAAGAGGACUUGGGAAUUUACGUCAGCGAGAUCGACCCCAACAGCAUCGCAGCCAAGGACGGGCGCAUCAGGGAAGGCGAUCGCAUCUUGCAGAUCAACGGAGUGGACAUACAGGGGAGGGAAGAGGCAGUGGCCCUUCUGACAAAUGAGAAAAAUCGGAGGGUGUCUCUUCUCUUGGCCAGACCAGAAAUCCAGCUGGACGAGGGAUGGAUGGAGGACGAACGCAGCGAGUAUCUGGAGGACAUAAGCAUGGACGUUCUGGAAGAGCAGGACAACCAGGACUUUGAGGUCAACGCCAGCGUCCCUCAGCAGAUGAGAACCCCGGAGGACGAUGGCACCACGGACAGCGCCCACAACGGGCAGGAGAAGGACAGCGGCGUCGGCCGGACGGACGAGAGCACGCGGAACGACAACGACGAAAACGAGAGUUCCGAACCCGAGCAAGAGAUCCCUGCCGACGACGACAACCAAAACUUUGCGGUGCUGACGGACAGUUCCAAAGUCACCAGUCAAGUCGGGGAUAGAAAGGGCACCGGCGAUGCGUUGUGCGGGAACAGGACGGGCGAUAGAACAGCGCGCUCAGAUUUAAACAUUCCUGAAAUGCCUGAGCUCCUGGAUUUUAAGUGCCAAAUGACGAGUGCCAAGAGGCUCAGCCUGUACUACAGCGCCACGUCCACACUCGGAGUGGGCAAGGUGGACGCGAAGAUCCCGGGCGACACGGAAAUCGAGCUGCUCAACGAGGAGCUCAGGAACAUUGAGAUCGAAUGCCGCAACAUCAUGCAGGCCCACGGCAACAGCGCGGCCACGCACCCCCGCAACUACGGCGACCUGUGGCGGCUGCAGGACGGCGGCAACUUCCGCACGUACGGCCGCAAACGGAGCAGGUGCCUGGACGUCACGGACGCCCCCGAGAAGUCCGACAAGGACACGUCGAGCGCUUACAACACGGCGGAGAGCUGCCGCAGCAGCCCCCAGUCGCUCAAGCUCACGGCCAUCCGCUCGCUGAACCGCUCCAUCGAGAGCACGGACAGCCAGCGGUCGGACAGCGGAGCCAGCCGCGCGUCCACCAGCGUGUGCUCCUCGCAGCCCGGCAGCCGGGAGGCGAGCCCUGCCAAGGGGAAGGUUUCGACGCCGUCCAGAAAGCCGGCGGAGAGCGGCGACGUCGCGCCGGCUCAAGCCGCGGCGGCGAGCGCCGGCGCCGCCGGCAGCUGCGGCGGCGGCGGCGGCGGCGGCGGCGGCAGCGCCAAGCAGCUGUACCAGAAGCUGGGCCGGCAGCAGGGCCAGCUGCAGCUGUCGCCGUACCGCCGGGCCAACGCGCCGUCGCAGGCGCAGCACUACCAAAGCUACGUGCACCUGGUGCAGCAGGGCCACAGCCAGAUGAGCCUCCUGAGUGUGUGCAACGAGGCGUCCUUCUCCAGCCAGCAGGACUUCUCGCAGGCCGAGCCCAGGGGCGAGUGGAAGGUGAAGGUGCGCAGCGACGGUUCGCGCUACAUCACUAAGAGGCCCGUGCGAGACCGGCUCCUGAAAGAGCGAGCGAUGAAGAUCAAGGAGGAGCGCAGCGGCAUGACGACGGACGACGACGCGCUCAGCGAGAUGAAGAUGGGCCGCUACUGGUCCAAGGAGCAGCGCAAGCAGCACCUGAACCGGGCGCGCGAACAGCGGCGGCGCCGCGAGUUCAUGAUGCGCUGUCGCCUCGAGUGCCUCAACGAGAAUCCGCACGAGGGCGGCUCCAUCGCCGGCUCCGGGGGCUCGGCCGCCGGCUCCGCCUCGGCCUCCGCGUCCGGCGCCGAGAGCCGCAAGGAGGUGAGCAUCCUGGAGCUCAGCCACCGCAAGAUGAUGAAGAAGCGUGGCAAGAAGAUCUUCGACAACUGGAUGACGAUUCAGGAACUGCUGGCCCACGGCAGCCGCUCCCCGGACGGCACGCGGAUUUACAACCACUUGCUGUCCGUCACGACGGUGUGAACGUUGACUGUUCGCGAGAUGGGUCACAGCCCGCCCCACCCGAGCCUCGUCGCGCAGUUUGGCUGUCGGCUUGGGUGCAAGAGCUGUCCUUAUGACCUUUGGUGUUGUCGAGGGUUUAAUAACACUUGCCAAUUCCAGGUGGUGCCAUGGCAUCUGUAACCCGCUGCCCUGACUUUUUGUCACUGUUGAAAAACGAUACGGGAUGGAAAGCAGUUUUAACUGACGUGUAUUUGAAAUACAUUGAUGGGGUUUUUUUGGCAUUUAUGUACUGUAUAUUAUUCGGUUUGUACUCUGCGUAUCGUCGAUGACUACUCUUGGCAGUCCUUUUGCGGAACGCUCACUUGUGUGAAAACCUGCUCACGCUCACAACAACAAAAGGUAAAUGGGGCAUCGCGGUGGCGAGAUGUUAACUACCUUACCUGGUAUGAAGGAGGUGGUGGGUUCGAUCCUGACCCUUGCACCUGCUGAAUAUUUGGAGUUUGCA